GCUUUUAUUUAUAGCACGCCUCUAGUUAUCCAAUGGUUGAUAAAGUUGUUCAAACUGGUAGGUUUCCGAGAAUAGUUAAGAGUUUUAAUUAAGAGCAAGGACAUUCUUAUUUUAGAGUUUGAAUAUAAAUGCUUUCUAUUCAAAGAAAAAAAAUCCCUCCAUGCCUUACGAUUUGAGAUUAUUUUUUCAUUUCCUUAUAUCUAGGUGCACUGGAUUGGGCCGUUCACGGUUGUUUAAUAAUAAUGGGUUUCUUAACCAUUACUUAGCUACUAAAAUCAUACUCCCCUUAAAAGCACGAGCUCGGAAAAAUCUUUCGAUAGACAAAAAUACCUUUAGAAUUUAAAUAUCAUUCCUUAAAUAAAAGUAAGUUAAUAAAUUAAUGAAUUCUUAUUGAAUAUACAUAGUAUAAAGAUAAGGAUACAAUUUAAAUCACUAGUAGAAAACCUCACAUUCUAGACGUAAAUUUUUCUAUCUAGUUUGCUAUUAAAGCUAAACGGAAAAUUUCAGUCUAGGAUAUUCUGUCUAGGAAAAAAUAUCCUAGACGUAAAUUUUCGUCUAAGAUAUCUAAUCAGACUGUUUUAUUAUUUUUUUUAAUUUUUUAAUGAUGCUAGUAUCCUAGGAUGAUGGGUCCCACGAGAGUGCACCCUUCCCCGGGAAACUGAGAGAAAGGUAUCAAGAUGAUAAAACCCCCAGAACUUUUAACCCCCUUCAAACCCUCUCUAAAAACCCCUCUCUAAACUUCUUUUUCUCUCUAAAAAUCCCUCUCACUGUAAGCCCACUUCGUCUUCCCCUCAAAUCUCACGAAAUUUCCCAGUUUUUAAGGGAUUCAGUUCGAGAAUGGACUCCAUGAUUGUAAGCAAGUCUGCGUUCUCGGCUCCGAUUCAGCAUCGCAUCAACAUGGAGUUUCGAGGGCCUCCGUCGCAGCAGAUGGGCACCAUUUUCUACUUCGCCUUCUCCACCCUAGUCUUCUCUCAUAAGGAGAGAUUGGAGAGCAACCUGUCGAGGUUCGCAGUGAUCAUCUGGGUCUUCGUUGUGUUGAUACUACAAACAAGCUACACUGCCAGCCUGACAUCGAUGCUCACCGUGCUGCAGCUGCAGCCAGAAGUCACGGACCUGAGCGAGCUCAUCAAGAAUGGCAAGUAUAUCGGAUACCACCAUGGGUCCUUCGUCGCUGAGCUCCUGAAGCAGCAGCUCAACUUCGAGGGGAACAAGCUCAAGAACUACAGCAGCCUUGAUGAGUACGCUGAGGCUCUCGCUCGCGGCAGCAAGAACGGAGGAGUGGCAGCAAUCUUCGAUGAGAUACCGUACCUUAAGCUGUUCCUGUCGGAGAAUUGUCAGGAUUAUACGAUGGUGGGCAGGACUUACAAGACCGACGGGUUUGGAUUUGUUUUUCCGAGAGGCUCCCCUCUUGUAUCAGACGUCUCAAGAGCCAUACUCAAUGUAACCGAAGGCGAUAUCAUGGCCGAAAUUGAGAAAAAAUGGUUCGGCAACCAAACCACCUGCCCCUCCGACACGAGCAGCGACCACACCUCCAGCAAACUCAACUUCCAAAGCUUCAGCGGCCUCUUCCUCAUCACCGGGUGCGUCUCCUCCCUCGCUCUCCUCAUCUUCCUAGUCACUUUCCUGUACAGAGAAUGGGGUGGGCUCAAGAUCACCGCGUCUCAGAUUUCCCUAUCGACGAAAAUCAAAGAAUGGGCUCGGUACUAUGAUACUAAAGAUCUCAGUUCUCACACUUUCAAGGAUUACGCCGCCAGUAUUAACGAUGGAAGCUCGAUUAACGACAAUAAUAUUGUCGGAGAUGCUGCAGCGACCACGCCUAAUGUAGGUUCACAGAGUCCGGUUAGCGUGAAUCUUUCUGACCUCAACUUUGGUUCGCCGGGUGAAGGGAUCAGGUCGUUUAGAGAGGGGUGAGGAGGUGAUCGGCCAAGCUGAAGAAGAUGAGGAUGCUGAAGGAAUGGUCGAAAUCAGCCUUCAAGGUUGAUUUGCAGACAAAAAAAAAAAUCUCUUCAAAAAAAGGUUAACUACGUGAGGCUUUUGGGUGAACUACGUGAGGCUUGAUUCCUUAGGCAAGAGGACACGUAGGCAGUUAUUUUUAUGCAGCCAGUUUAAUGAGUUGAUACCGACAUGUUUCAGUGUCCUUUGGAGGCCAUUUGGGUGAACUACGUGAGGCUUGAUUCCUUAGGCAAGAGGACACGUAGGCAGUUAUUUUUAUGCAGCCAGUUUAAUGAGUUGAUACCGACAUGGUAGAGAUUGUUCGCAUUCUCAUCUGAUUUCCAACUUAUUAUGGAUUGAGUCUGUUGUAGUGGAUUGAUUCCACUUCGUCAUGGACGCAACAAGUGAGACGUUUGAUUAGUGUUGGUGUCGGCUCAGUUUUGAAAAAACUUUGCCGAUGUAGAAAGUUGUAGAAACGACGGUGUUAAAGUUCAGGAAAUUUGACGAAGGAAAUAGUUUGGAGGUUUCCCAGUCGACCGUGGUAACAUGUGCGGUCGACCGGAAAGGUGCACGAGUACAGGGUAGUUUCUGGAUUUCUGUCUGGUCGACCGUGAAGACUUUGACGGUCGACCAUGGACCCUGUAAUAGAUUUUUUGGGUUCUGUCAUUCUGUCCGGUCAACUGUGAUGGUUUCGGCAGUCGACUGCCAGUCGGGUUUGGGCCUGGCUUCGUUUCCUGUUCUGAUUUAUUUUGUGUUUUGAUAUAUAUUAAAACAUGUUUUUUAGGGUUUUCUUAAAACAAAAAGAGAGACUUUUGAGUCGAGUGAUUGAGAGUUUUGGUGGGAGAUUUGAGAGCUUUGUUUGAGAGAUUAAUUUGUGAGUUUUGAGUGAAUUUGUAAUCUCCAUUUGUACUCUCUCUAAUAGUAAAAUCCAUCUCCUCCUUGCCCCGUGGGCGUAGACACAUUAUCAAACCACGUAAAAUUUAUGUCUUGCAUUGUUUGGUUCUUGUUUUACCUAUUGGUUGUAAUUUUAUCUCAGUUUGGCUGUGU